GCGCCGCCGCUCGGUCGUGAGGAUUUAUUCCCUUCUCGGUCAAAAUGGAGGAGGAGGUCUUUGGCUUAAUGAGGGGAACGCUCGGAUCUACUCCGAUGAAAGGCUCCGCGUUGGCUGCGUGAUAAAAGCCUACAUCGAAUUGGGGAUUUUAUUUUUUUGUUUUUUUGUUUUUUUUUGUGGCGGAGGAGAGCGCAGUCAUGAGCGCCGGAGAGGGGCUGCAGGAUGAGGCUGCAAAGGACGCCGCAGACGUAGCGGCGUUUUUCAAAUCCGAUUUCUCGCUUCCAAAAUGUGAAUCUAAACUGGAUGGACCCGGUCAGACCUCAGGCUUUCAUCGCAAUGAAGACAUAAAGGCUAUUGAUGUGCUUCCCAUCCUCAAGGAGAAGGUUGCCUUUCUCUCAGGUGGCAGAGACAGACGAGGAGGUCCAGUUCUCACGUUCCCAGCACGGAGCAACCAUGAUAGAAUACGAGCAGAAGACCUGCGCAGGCUCAUAGCCUACCUGGCUACUAUCCCCAGUGAGGAGGUGGUCAGACAUGGCUUCACGGUCAUUGUGGACAUGCGUGGCUCCAAGUGGGACAGCAUCAAGCCUCUGCUAAAGAUCCUUCAGGAGUCCUUUCCUUCUUGCAUUCACGUCGCCCUUAUCAUCAAGCCAGAUAACUUCUGGCAAAAGCAGAGGACCAACUUUGGCAGCUCCAAGUUUGAAUUUGAGACGGUGAUGGUCUCCUUGGAGGGUUUAUCCAAAAUUGUGGACCAGUCCCAGCUGACAGCUGACUUCGACGGCAGCUUAGAGUACAACCAUGAUGAUUGGAUUGAGGUGCGGCUCUCAUUCGAGACAUUUGCCAGCGAUGCUGCACGAGCUUUGGCACGUCUGGAGGAGCUACAGGAAACUUUGUCCCAGCGAGAUCUCCCGCGGGACCUGGAAGGGGCUCGGCGGCUCAUGGAGGAACAUGCCGGGUUGAAAAAGCGAGCAACUAAAGCCUCAGUGGAGGAGCUUGACACGCAGGGACGAAGAUUGUUGCAAAGGCUACAAUCCCAGACUGUGGGAAGUGGGAGUGGUAGCGAAAGCGGGUACGGGAACCGAAUCGGCGCUGCCAGUGGAGAAUCCAAUGAUCACCAUCACGGCUUCCACACGCAUGCAGAUGCUCACAAUCUGGGAGCCAAAGUGACUAGUUUACUGGAUAAGCUUCACGGGACACGACAGAACCUGCAGCAGUUGUGGCACAUGAGAAAGCUGAAACUGGACCAGUGUUUCCAGCUGCGUCUUUUCGAACAGGAUGCAGAAAAGAUGUUCGACUGGAUCAUGCACAACAAGGGGCUUUUCCUUACCAGUUACACAGAGAUCGGAGGGAACCACCAGCAUACUGUGGAGCUGCAGGCCCAGCACAACCACUUUGCAAUGAACUGCAUGAAUGUGUAUGUGAACAUCAAUCGGAUUAUGUCAGUGGGGAACCGGCUCCUGGAAUCGGGCCACUAUGCCUCCCAGCAGAUCCAGCAGAUUUCAGGUCAGUUGGAGCAGGAGUGGAAGGCCUUUGCUGCAGCACUGGAUGAACGUAGCACCCUGCUGGAGAUGUCUGCCACUUUCCACCAGAAAGCAGACCAGUACAUGAGUAAAGUGGAGCCAUGGUGCAAAGCUUGUGGUGAGGGUGACCUUCCCUCAGAACUCCAGGAUCUGGAAGACACAAUCCACCGUCACCAGGGUCUAUAUGAGCACAUUACCACUGCAUAUUCAGAGGUAAGCCAAGAUGGGAAGUCUCUAUUAGACAAACUGCAGCGACCUUUGACCCCGGGGAGUGCGGAUUCACUAAUGGCGUCGGCCAACUACUCCAAGGCGGUGCACCACGUCCUAGACAUCAUUCAUGAAGUGCUCCAUCAUCAGAGACAGCUGGAAAACAUCUGGCAGCAUCGCAAAGUUCGCCUGCACCAACGCCUGCAGCUGUGUGUUUUCCAACAGGACGUACAACAAGUACUAGACUGGAUAGAAAACCAUGGUGAGGCAUUCCUCAGUAAACACACUGGCGUCGGGAAGUCUUUGCACAGAGCACGAGCCCUGCAGAAGAGACAUGAAGAUUUUGAAGAGGUUGCACAGAACACCUACACUAAUGCUGACAAGUUGCUUGAGGCAGCAGAGCAGUUGGCCCAGACCGGAGAAUGUGACCCAGAGGAAAUAUACCAGGCUGCCCACCAGCUUGAAGAUCGAAUCCAGGACUUCGUACGGCGUGUUGAACAACGCAAGGUGCUACUGGAUAUGUCGGUUUCCUUCCACACGCACGUUAAAGAGCUAUGGACGUGGUUGGAGGAGCUUCAGAAGGAAUUGCUGGAUGACGUUUACGCAGAAUCUGUAGAAGCCGUGCAGGAUUUGAUCAAACGGUUCGGUCAGCAGCAGCAGACCACCUUGCAAGCUACUGUCAAUGUCAUCAAGGAGGGGGAAGACCUCAUACAACAGCUAAGAGACUCCGCUAUCUCAAGCAACAAAACCCCCCACAACAGCUCCAUGGCGCACAUCGAAAGUGUGCUACAACAGCUGGAUGAGGCCCAGGGCCAGAUGGAGGAGCUUUUCCAGGAGAGGAAGAUCAAAUUGGAGCUCUUCCUCCAGCUUCGCAUCUUUGAGAGGGAUGCCAUAGAUAUCAUCUCUGACCUGGAGUCAUGGAACGAGGAGUUGUCCCAGCAGAUGAGUGACUUUGACACAGAGGACCUGACGCUGGCUGAGCAGAGGCUGCAGCAUCACGCGGACAAAGCACUCACCAUGAACAACCUCACCUUCGACGUCAUCCACCAAGGCCAGGAGCUACUGCAGUACGUCACAGAGGUCCAGGCAUCAGGCGUAGAACUCUUAUGUGACCGAGAUGUGGACAUGGCCACUCGGGUUCAGGAUCUCCUGGAGUUUCUCCAUGAGAAGCAGCAGGAGCUGGAUGUGGUGGCUGAGCAGCACCGGCGACAUUUGGAGCAGUGUGUCCAGUUGAGACACCUCCAGGCUGAGGUCAAACAGGUGCUGGGUUGGAUCCGGAAUGGUGAGUCCAUGCUGAACGCCGGGCUGAUCACGGCCAGUUCAUUACAAGAGGCCGAGCUGUUGCAGAAGGAGCAUGAACAAUUUCAACACGCAAUUGAGAAAACCCAUCAGAGUGCACUUCAGGUGCAGCAGAAGGCUGAGGCUCUUCUUCAGGCCAACCAUUAUGACAUGGAUAUGAUCCGCGACUGUGCAGAGAAGGUGGCAGACCACUGGCAGCAGCUGAUGCUGAAGAUGGAGGACAGACUCAAGCUGGUUAAUGCUUCUGUGGCCUUCUAUAAGACCUCUGAACAGGUGUGCAGUGUGUUGGAAAGCUUGGAACAGGAGUACAAGAGAGAAGAAGACUGGUGUGGUGGUGCUGAUAAACUGGGCCCCAACAGCGAGUCGGAUCAUGUCACCCCCAUGGUCAGUAAACAUCUGGAGCAGAAAGAAGCUUUUCUCAAGGCCUGCACGUUGGCCAGACGCAAUGCUGAUGUCUUCCUCAAGUACCUGCACAGAAACAGUGUUAACAUGCCUGGAAUGUUGUCCCACGUCAAAGCUCCAGAGACUCAGGUCAAAAAUAUCUUGAAUGAGUUGCUGCAGAGAGAAAACAGAGUGCUCCACUUCUGGACCAUGAGAAAGCGAAGGCUGGAUCAGUGCCAGCAAUAUGUAGUCUUUGAACGCAGCGCCAAGCAGGCACUGGAGUGGAUCCAUGACACAGGGGAGUUUUACCUGUCCACUCACACAUCCACCGGCUCCAGCAUUCACCACACACAGGAGCUGCUGAAAGAGCACGAAGACUUCCAAAUCACAGCUAAGCAAACCAAAGAGCGCGUAAAGCUGUUGAUCCAGCUGGCUGAUGGGUUUUGUGACAAGGGCCACGCCCAUGCCCUAGAGAUAAAGAAAUGGGUGUCCUCCGUGGACAAGCGCUACAGGGACUUUUCUCUCCGUAUGGACAAAUACAGGACCUGCCUGGAAACGGCGCUCGGCAUUUCUUCUGACUCCAACAAAGCAAGCAAAGAGCUUCAACUGGACAUCAUCCCAGCUAGCGCUCCGGGGUCAGAGGUCAAGUUGAGAGAUGCCGCUCAUGAGCUCAACGAGGAGAAGAGGAAGUCGGCGAGGAGAAAAGAGUUUAUAAUGGCCGAGUUGAUCCAAACCGAGAAAGCCUACGUCAGAGACCUAAGAGAGUGCAUGGAUACUUACCUGUGGGAGAUGACCAGCGGUGUGGAGGAGAUUCCUCCAGGGAUCGUCAACAAAGAGCAUAUCAUCUUUGGGAACAUGCAGGAUCUCUAUGAGUUCCAUCACAAUAUCUUCCUGAAGGAGUUGGAAAAGUACGAGCAGCUUCCAGAAGAUGUGGGUCAUUGUUUCGUCACCUGGGCUGACAAGUUUCAGAUGUAUGUGAACUACUGUAAGAACAAGCCUGACUCCACUCAGCUCAUUUUGGAGCAUGCUGGCCCAUAUUUUGAUGAAAUUCAGCAAAGGCAUCGUCUCGCCAACUCGAUCUCCUCUUACUUGAUCAAACCAGUGCAAAGAAUAACUAAGUACCAGCUGCUUCUAAAGGAGCUAUUGACAUGCUGUGAGGAAGGAAAAGGUGAGAUCAAGGAUGGUCUGGAGGUGAUGCUGAGUGUCCCCAAGAGAGCCAAUGAUGCCAUGCACCUCUCAAUGUUGGAUGGGUUUGAUGGGAACCUUGACUCCCAAGGAGAACUCAUUCUUCAGGAGUCCUUCCAAGUUUGGGAUCCCAAAACACUCAUCCGAAAGGGUCGUGACCGCCACCUUUUCCUCUUUGAAAUGUCGCUGGUUUUAAGUAAAGAAGUGAAAGAUUCAAAUGGACACAGCAAGUACCUCUACAAGAGCAAACUGUUUACGUCAGAGCUUGGAGUGACAGAACAUGUAGAGGGCGACCCUUGUAAGUUUGCCCUCUGGGUGGGUAGAACUCCGACCUCGGACAACAAGAUCGUGCUCAAGGCUUCAAGCAUUGAAAACAAGCAGGACUGGAUCAAACACAUUCGCGAGGUCAUUCAGGAGCGAACGGUCCAUCUGCGGGGUGCUCUGAAGGAGCCCAUUCAUAUCCCGAAAGCCACCACAGCCAAACAUAAAGGCAGACGGGAUGGGGAGGAGCUAGACAGCCAAGGAGAUGCAAGCAGUCAACCUGACACCAUCUCAAUCGCCUCACGGACAUCCCAGAACACACUGGACAGUGAUAAGCUGUCAGGGGGUUGCGAGCUGACUGUGGUCAUCCAUGACUUUGUGGCCACCAAUGGUGGCAGCAGUGGGGAGCUGACAGUUCGACGAGGACAGACAGUGGAGGUUCUGGAGCGAAUCCAUGAUAGGCCGGACUGGUGUCUGGUACGGACUACAGACCGCUCACCUGCCCAAGAGGGCAUUGUCCCCUGCUCCAUGCUCUGUAUUGCACACUCCAGGUCCUCCAUGGAGAUGGAGGGUCUCUUCAACCACAAAGAUACCUUGUCUGUAUCCAGUAAUGACACCCUGCAGCCGGGCUCCAGCCACACCUUGGGGCCACACAGCUCUCCCGGCCCCAAACGUCCAGGGAACACCUUAAGGAAAUGGCUGACCAGCCCUGUCAGGCGACUAAGCUCUGGCAAGGCAGAUGGUCAUGUGAAGAAGCUGGCCCACAAGCACAAAAAGAACCGGGAAGGUGCCAGAAAAAACCUGGACGUAAUGCAAGGGCCUCACAAGGACUCUGAUGACUGCGCCGCCACGCCGCAGGAUGAAACACUGGAGGAGCGUAUGCGUAACGAAGGUCUGAGCAGCGGUACGCUCUCCAAGUCUUCUUCAUCAGGAAUGCAGAGCUGCGGUGAGGAGGAAGGCGAAGAGGGGGCUGACGCCGUCCCUCUACCUCCGCCAAUGGCCAUCCAGCAACACAGUCUGCUGCAGCCCGACUCCCAGGAUGAUAAGUCUGCGUCCCGCCUGUCUGCUAGGCCCAACAGCUCAGAGACUCCCAGUGCUGCUGAACUGGUCAGUGCCAUCGAGGAGCUGGUGAAGAGUAAGAUGUCACUGGAGGAUCGUCCCAGUUCUCUGUCAGUGGAGCAAGGUGACAGCAGCUCUCCUUCCUUCAACCCCUCAGACAACUCCCUCCUCUCCUCCUCCUCGCCCAUGGAUGAGGUGGACGAGCGCAAGUCGGGCUUUCUCAAGAGAAGACAUUACGUCCUACUGGAGUUGGUGGAAACAGAAAGAGACUAUGUCAGAGAUUUGGGAUCAGUAGUGGAGGGUUACAUGAGUAGGAUGAAGGAAGAAGGAGUUCCAGAUGACAUGCGAGGAAAAGACAAGAUUGUCUUUGGAAACAUCCAUCAGAUAUAUGACUGGCACAAAGACUUUUUCCUCGCAGAGAUUGAGAGGUGUUUAGAGGAUCCUGACAGACUUGCUUCUUUAUUUGUCAAACAGGAGCGCAGGUUUCACAUGUACAUUGUCUACUGCCAGAACAAGCCCAAAUCGGAGCACAUUGUGUCAGAGUACAUUGACACUUACUUUGAAGAGCUUAAGCAGCGAUUGGGCCAUAGGUUGCAACUCACUGAUUUGCUUAUCAAGCCUGUCCAGCGCAUAAUGAAAUACCAGCUGUUACUUAAGGAUCUUCUCAAGGUUUCUAAGAAGGCUGGAAUGGAUUCUACAGAGCUGGAGAAAGCUGUAGAGGUGAUGUGUGUGGUCCCCAAACGCUGCAACGACAUGAUGAAUGUUGGACGCCUACAAGGCUUCGACGGUAAAAUUGUAGCACAGGGCAGAUUACUCCUGCAAGACACUUUUUUGGUAUCAGACCAGGAUGGGGGACUUUUGUCCAGAAUGAAAGAGAGAAGAAUCUUCCUUUUUGAGCAGAUUGUUAUAUUCAGUGAACCUCUGGACAAGAAAAAGGGCUUCACUACUCCAGGCUACCUCUUCAAGAACAGCAUCAAGGUGAGCUGGUUGGGUCUGGAAGAAAAUGCAGAAGACCCCUGCAAGUUCACACUGACCUCCAAGUCAUCUGCUGGUAACGUGGAGAGGUACACCCUCCAUUCGGCGAACCCUGGAGUCAGUCAAAUCUGGCUGCACCAGGUCAGCCAGAUACUGGAGAACCAGCGUAAUUUUCUCAACGCGCUGACGUCCCCCAUAGAGUACCAGAGGAAUCACGUGGGUGGCAGCGGGCCUGGGGGUCCACCCAACAGUAGCAGCAGUACCGGAGGCCUUCCAGGAGGCAGUGUAUCCUCCAGUACCACCAGUCUGGGAGGUGGUGGUGGAGGCGGUGGCUCUGGAGGAUCAGCAGGCAACUCCUCUUCCUCCCUGUGUGGCCCUCGCUCCCGACCCUCAAGAAUUCCCCAGCCUUCUUCGCGCCUCCCCCAGCCAGUCCACCACCACCACCCCCCGGGCCCUGAAGGGCCCGACAGAUCAGCAGGUACGUGGUCACCGUGCCACCCGCAGUGCAACCCCUCUAACUUGUAUUCCGACACCGAUUCAAAUGGCGACCUGUUAAAUUCAGAGGACCGUAAGAUGGACAUGUCUGAUGGUAGCGACGCAGGCGACUGUAACAACAGCAGCAGACCAUCAGGCAGCUUGGAGAGAGGAGGCUUUGAAGAAAGCCAAAAAGCAGCCGCUAUCCCACAAAUGGCUGUAGCUCCUCUGCAUCUGGCCCUGAAGAACUCGCGAAUUAGGACAGUUUCACCACUGGUGUCACCUCAAUCCCCUGGAGGAGGAAAGGAAGCGUUAAUCCCCUCCAGCCCAGCUCAUAAAGGUCACCCCUUCUGGGCUACUGUCCCAUCAGUGCCUCCUUCUCCUACUCGGCGACAAAGUUCCUAUAUGGGUGACAAUAUUGGUGGCGGGGAGUCUUUCAGCAGGGGGAUCUCCUCUCAUCACCGCCACUCCACCCACAGUAAGGAUUUAGACCGCAUGAGCACAUGCUCUUCCACCAGCGAGCAGUCCAUACACUCCACCCAGAGCAAUGGGAGUGAAAGCAGUAGCAGCAGCAGCAGUGUGUCCACCAUGUUGGUGACCCAAGACUAUGUGGCCGUGAAGGAAGAUGAGAUCAGCGUGGCGCAGGGUGAAGUGGUCCAAAUACUAGCCAGCAACCAGCAGAACAUGUUCCUGGUAUAUCGGGCUGCCAACGAGCAUUGCCCUGCAGCUGAGGGAUGGAUUCCUGGCUUUGUAUUAGGACAUACUUCAUCCUCCACCAUCCCUGAACUCACAGAGGGAACCAUCAAAAAAUCACUUACCUGGCAUACUGCACUUCGUAUCCGCCGCAAGUCCGAGAAAAGAGACAAAGAGGGCAGGAAGUUGGAGAACGGCUACCGCAAAUCUCAGGACAAUCUGGCCAGCAAAGUCUCUGGCAAGCUUCUAAACACCAACUCCAUCUACGAUGCUCCUCCAGAGUUCCUCAUCCCGCUUAGCGAUGUAGCAUGCGAGAGUGGCGACAUUGUUACUCUGAGGUGCAGAGUGAGUGGUCGACCCCGAGCUGCCAUCACCUGGCGAGGGCGAGACAACGACACUCUUGGCAACAACGAACAGUGCAGCAUCACCUACAGUGAGACAGGAGAGGCGACUCUGUGUAUCCUCGCGGUGUCUGACGAGGACAGCGGCACGUACACCUGUGUCGCUAUGAACGCAGCAGGUUCUGUCACCUCCACUGCCAGCCUCAGAGUGUCAGGAACUCCUGAUGAUAACAGCAGUGCCGUCUGGAAGCGUGGUUUUGAGUCCCAAUACACUGAUAUCUCUGAACUCGGAAGAGGCCGCUUCUCGGUGACCAAGCGGUGCGACCAGCGAGGGAGCAAAUGGACGGUGGCGGCGAAACAUGUCAACAAGAAGCUGCUGCGUCGGGAACAGGUGCUGCAGGAGAUCCGACUCCUUCAGACGGUGGAUCAUCCCAACCUGGUCCGCUUGCUGGACACGUACGAGACGACGAGCAGCUAUGUCCUGAUACUAGAGAUGGCCGACCAGGGACGUUUCCUGGACUACGUUGUGAGCUGGGGGAACCUGACGGAGGAGAAAGUGGCGCUGUACCUUCGAGAUAUUCUUGAAGCGCUGCAAUACCUGCAUGGCUGGAGGAUAGCACACCUGGACCUCAAACCUGAGAACAUCGUGGUGGAACAAGUCUCCUCCCAGCCUGUGGUGAAGCUCACGGACUUUGGCGACGCUGUUCAGCUCAACCCGCCUUCUUCCUACAUCCAUCCUCUCGUGGGGAGCCCAGAGUUCUCAGCCCCCGAGCUGGUCCUGGGUCAGCCUGCCUCGCUGAUGUCUGACAUGUGGAGCUUAGGUGUGUUGACUUAUGUCGUGCUGAGUGGCGCAUCGCCUUUCCUGGACGAGAGUCUGGAGGAGACGUGUCUGAACAUCUGCCGCCUGGACUUUAGCUUCCCCGAGGACUACUUCGAAGGCGUGAGCGUGGCCGCCCGUGAUUUUGUGUGCCUGCUACUGCAGGGCGAGUCCGACCGGCGGCCGUCUGCAACAUACUGCCUACAGGACCCCUGGCUCCGCCCUCCGGGAGGGACAGACAGGGACGGCAGGUACGCCACGCAGCCACUGCCGACAUCGCAACAUCACAGCGCGUCACACCUGGACACGUCCAGACUCAUUUCCUUCAUCGAGAGACGGAAACACCAGAACGACGUACGGCCCAUCGGGACCUUGAAGGCCUUCCUUCACAGCCGCCUGCUCAACCACAUGUGACAGGAAGUACCUCGCCUGCUCUUCUUCCACACUGAUAACAUUCGCCCUUGCCGAUCCACAAGCUGCUGCUGACUGACUGAUUGACAUCUGCUGAUAAACCCCUUCCCUUCCAAACUUUGGCGUACCGCACGUACGCCCGCACAACAAACUGUUGGCAUCUGUGCGAGAUGUCCAACCCCGACUUGGCAUGAAGACAAGGCUUCUCUUGCAGGUCGGAUAGCGUGACAAAGAGGAAAUAGAAAACUGUAUAGUCAGGCUGCUUUUAGUUGACCACAAGAGAAGGCUGUUUUUGUAAAAAGAGAUUACUUUUUGUAAGUCAAACUGUGUACAGUUAGGCAACAAACAUGCUCGACCUUUUGGGGAAACAAAGGCUCUAUAGUUCGUCUGAGGACAAAGUGAAAGCCGAGUGGCGCCCAAUAAGGAGGUUCCGCUUGUGCUUCCAGCACCGCGUAGGCUAAACCUUGUUUUCCAUCGUCGUUACUUUGACCGCAAUAGUGCGUGUUGUCGUCUCCAGCACAAACUAAACCAACAAAAAGCUUCUAUGAUCUCCGCCUACGUCCGCCUUAUUUGUAAAUAAAUCAAUUUGCUUUUUCAUUCGUUUCCACUGAACAAAAGUCUGACAUUGUUUGCAGAAUGUUAGUGACGAACAAACGUAGACGUGCGCUCAUCCCGCGUCGGUUCCCAUGUGCAAUGUUGCAGCUUUAACAUGUAUGCAACUAUUUAUGAAGACUUGUGUUGUAGCUGUAUUCUUUGAAGACAAAAAAGCAUGUACUGUGCGUACCUGGUACUGCGAUAAACGUCUGUAUUGUGUUAACUCUUUUUGUAUUAAGUUCAGUAUUAAUAUCUGCAAAAUCCCAUUGAAGCAUGGGGGCAAAAAUGUAUGAAAUGUGUAUCUAUUAAAAAAAGAAUCAGGCACUUACGCUUUCAUUUUUCGUCAUUAUGUUUCCGUAACAAUACCAAAGUUGUCGAUGCUUUGAUUUCCAGUAUUAUUAUGAUGAUUUGUCAUGCUAACUUAUAGAGCGCACAGUGAACUUAAGAGUUUGCAUAGUACUUUUUAUUUGUAUUUAUUACUGUUUUCAUAAUGGUUAAAUCGCUGAGGAAAAGCUGGACUUCACCUUGCUUGCUCUGUGUUUUCAAUUCCAAGCAAUAGUUUGGAAAAUAAGAGACAACAUUUCCCCUUUUCCUAAAUAAAGAAAAUAAAACACUAAACCUAUCCAACUAAUUUAAAUAAAUAGUUCUACAGUAUUUUUUAUUUAUCUUCGUGCUUCUGGGUUCCUUAAAAUACAAUCGGAUUGAGUAACAUCAUCUGUAAAGAAAUGACUAAGUAAAAAGGCAACUUCUUCUUUGCUGGUGGUGUAAAAUUGUACAGAGAGGACCAGCCAGGAUGUAACCGUCAGUCACGUGACUGUUUCAUUUAUUUUCUUUUUUUUUAAAUACACUGACAAUGCGGCAAUGUCCAUUUGAAUGUUGUAUGAUGACGUCAUUUUUACUUUUGCAUGUAUAUUUCUCUGUACAGAAGAUGGUGUUUACAUGUCACUAAGUGUUGUAAAUAUUUUACGUUUGUCGUGUUAUUUUGCCAUUAAAAACGUUCAA